AUGAAAACCUUCAAAAUAGUCACCGUACAACCAGAUCAUGCUGAACAUCUCAUUUCGAUGAUUCAUGAGCUGGCCGAGUUUGAAAAAAUGAAAAGCAGUGUCGUGAACACAGCCGAAAAGCUGCGCAAAGACAUUGAAAACAAGGCUGUUCAUGGUUUCAUCGCUUUUGAUGGAGAGGAGCCGGCUGGAAUGAACCUUUACUACUUCCCCUAUUCGACAUGGGUCGGACAGUACAUUCACAUGGAGGAUCUCUACAUUCGCCCACAAUUCCGACGUAUGGGACUCGCUCGAACACUCUGGAAGAAACUGGCUCAAGUGGCUCAAGAAAAAGGAAUUGUCCGAAUGGAAUGGGCAGUUUUGGAUUGGAAUAAGAACGCCAUCGCUCUCUAUGACACAGUCGAUUAUGUUAAUCUGACUAAAAGCGAAGGAUGGUACACAUUCAGAAUGGAUGAAGCAGCUAUCAAAAAAUUUGCCAGCGAAUAA